GGAGGGAGAGGUCUGCAGCCGACUGAGCACACAGAGACAGCGGUAGCAGCCCACAACAGACCUGCACAACAUCUCAACACCUCGCCGAUUCUCACCAUUAAACCAUUAAGAGGAAAAAAUAAGGCGCUGUUCUGCAGUCCCACGCCCCCCCAGAGGUGAGGAGAAGGCUUCUCUGGACCCAUGUGUUGAAGAGACUCCAGGCCCUUCGCUGCUUGGUUCUACCAGCUAACACCACACCAUGAAGCCAACAUGCAGCCCUAGCUGUCCCACUUAAACCUCACCUCACUUAAAGUAUCAUUCUUCAGAGCUUCCUCGACCUCUCUGACCUCAGAACCCCCCCCCCCCGAGCUGUCAGGGCCUCGUCCAACACCAGCAUGAGCUACGACCGCUCCGUACCGGGCCCCGGCCUCAGCACCAGGGGCCGCGGCACCAGGGCCCCCAAGAAGGAGGAGGGCGAGCAGGAAGCCUCGGGGGGCCCGGGGCCCCUGAGCGGCGGCUCGGUCAGCAUCCAGGAGGCAGGGGCCGAGGGAGGCUCCUCCCCCCCCCGGGGCUCCUCCCCCGGGGGCUCCAGCGACCGGAGGGGCCCCCCCACCUCCGACGACAACGACGGCACGUCGAGCGGCAACGACUCUGGGGAGCGGGAGAACAGCUCGCAGGGCCGGCAGUCCACCCGGAGCUCCCACAACUCGUCCAAUGGGAAGGACUCUGGCAUGAGGCUGACCGAGAGCAGCAAGAGCACCACCUCCCAGAGCCUGUCCCCGCCCGGCGGCUCUCUGGCCUACAGCCUGCUCUCCACCAGCUCGGAGCAGGACCCGCCCUCCACGUCGGGCUGCAGCAGCGACCAGUCGGCGCGGCUGCGCACCCAGAAGGAGCUCAUGAAGGCCCUGAAGGAGCUCAAGAUCCGGCUGCCCGUAGAGCGCAAGACCAAGGGCCACUCCAGCACCCUGGACGCCCUCAAGUACGCCCUCAACUGUGUCAAACAAGUCCGAGCCAACCAGGAGUACUACCACCAGUGGAGCGUGGAGGAGGGCCACGGCUGCAGCCUGGACCUGUCCUCCUUCACCGCCGAGGAGCUGGACACCAUCACCUCGGAGUACACCCUGAGGAACACGGACACCUUCUCCAUGGCCGUGUCCUUCCUGUCGGGCAAGGUGGUGUACGUCUCGCCCCAGGGCGCCUCGCUGCUCCGCUGCACGCCCGAGGACCUCCAGGGCACGGUGUUCUCCGAGCUCCUGGCCCCGCAGGACGUCAGCACCUUCUACAGCCACACGGCACCCUGCCGCCUGCCCCCCUGGGCGUCCUGCACGGGCUCCGAGUCGGCGCCGCCCGACGCCGCCCAGGAGAAGUCCAUGUUCUGCCGCGUCGGCGUGCCGCGGGUGGGCGGUGGCCCGCUGCGCUACGCCCCGUUCCGCCUCUCGCCGUACCAGCUGACCCUGCGGCCCUCGGAGGACACCGCGCCCCAGCCCUGCUGCCUGCUCCUGGCGGAGCGCGUGCACUCGGGAUACGAAGCCCCUCGCAUCCCGACGGACAAGCGGGUCUUCACCACCAGCCACACGCCGGGGUGCCUCUUCCAGGAGGUGGACGACAGGGUGGUGCCGUUGCUAGGAUACCUCCCCCAGGACCUGGUGGGGACCCCAAUCCUCCUCUACAUCCACCCUGAGGACCGACCCAUCCUGGUGGCCAUCCACAAGAAGAUCCUGCAGUGUGCCGGGCAGCCCUUCGACCACGCCCCCCUGAGGAUGUGCGCCCGCAGCGGCGAGUACCUGACCCUGGACACCAGCUGGUCGUCCUUCGUCAACCCCUGGAGCCGCAAGGUGGCCUUCAUCGUGGGCCGCCACAAAGUGCGCACGAGCCCGCUGAACGAGGACGUGUUCACCGUGCUGCGCGGCUGCGAGGGCCGCGGCGCCACGCCCGACAUGGCGCCGCUGAGCGAGCAGAUCCACCGGCUGCUGGGGCGGCCCGUGCACGGCGGGGGGUCCCGGGGCUCCAGUGCGUCCCGGGCCUCCCGCCGCUCGCAGCCCCCGCGGGCCCCGGCCUCCUCCUCCAGCGACAGCAACGGCCCCCCGGCGCAGGAGGGCGUGGCCGCCGCCACCGCCCUGGCCGUCGCCACGGCGCUCGCCGCCGCCGCCACCGCCACACACAAGCCCAUGACCUUCCAGCAGAUGUGCAAGGACGUGCACCAGGUGAAGAGCAGCGGGCAGCAGGUGUUCAUCGAGUCGCGCCACCGCCCGGCCGCCAGGAAGUCCGCCAGCGCAGGCGCACUCAGCAGCUUCAGAGCGCUCAGUGGCCACUCGGUGGCUGCGUCCGGCACACAGCUGCCCAGCAGAGCCCUGGUCCCCACGCUAGCGCCCAAAGAGUCGCCCACCGCCUACUCCUACCAGCAGAUCAACUGCCUGGACAGCAUCAUAAGGUAUCUGGAAAGCUGCAACAUUCCCAACACCUUGAAGAGGAAGUCUGGCUCCUCUUCCUCCGCCUCUGAUGAGGACCAGCCCCAUGACGCCAAAUGUGCCUCAGUGGGCCUGGUGGGGGCGCCCUCCCCUCUCCCUCCUCUGGCCUCGGCCAGCAAGGCCCAGAGCGUUGCCUCGGUUACGUCCCAGUGUAGCUUCAGCAGCACCAUCGUCCACGUAGGAGACAAGAAGCCGCCGGAGUCAGAUAUCGUCAUGGAGGAGGCCCCUCCCCCUGCCACACUGGCUCCUCCCACAUCGACCUUGACGGCCGCCUCUAUGACCCCCCCUCCCCCGGCGUGGGCCCCGGUGGAGUGGGCCGGGAGGCGGGCCGGGCCGGGCCGCGCAGGCCUGACCCGGGAGGUUCUGUCGCUGCACACGCAGCAGGAGGAGACGGCCUUCCUCCACCGCUUCAAGGACCUCAGCAAGCUGAGGGUGUUGGACCCCACCGCCUCGUCCACCGUGCACUGCCACCCCGCCGCGCUGUCCCGAGGGCUCCGCUGUUCCCGGGACCACCUCGCCGACGGCAGCGGGGGCCAGCGCCGCGGCCGGGGGGGCAAGCGCCUCAGGCAGCAGGAGGAUCACCUUAGCUCGGUGAACCCGGGGGUCUGCCUGCAGCCCCCCCCCGCCAACGCCUCCUCCUGGCCCCCCUCUGCGGGCUCCCAGGCCAGCCUCCCGGUGGGGCCCUUCCCUCCCGGCAUGCUGCCCCUCUACCCCCUGUACCCGCCCCAGCCCGUGGCCCCCCAGGCCCAGAUGGUACCCCCCAUGGUGGCCCUGGUCCUGCCCAACUACCUGUUCCCCCAGAUGGCCCCGGGCCCCGCCGUGGCCAACCCGGGACACUUCUACAACCCCAGCUUCAACCCCUACCACCACGCUGCCUCCAUGCCCCUCCCCCUCCCCCUCCCCCUCCCCCUGCCCCUGCCCCUCCCCCUCCCCCUGCCCCUGCCCCUCCCCCUGCCCCUGCUGGGGCCCCGGGCCCCGUCCCGCAGCAGCCCGCCGCCCUCCCCGGUGGACCACGGGGGCCCAGAGUCGCCGCUGUUCCAGUCGCGCUGCUCCUCGCCGCUCAACCUGCUGCAGCUGGAGGAGUCUCCUAGCAACCGGCUUGAGGUCGCCGCGGCGACGGCCGCCUCCCAGCAGCAGCAGGCCGCACCCUCCUCGGUGCAGGGGGGCGGGCUCCCGGGGCAGAGCUCGGCCAAUGAGAGACGCUCUGACGAGUCCAAAGAGACAGAGAGUGGCCAGACCGACGACCAGGACAACAUGUCCACCUCCAGCCAGCUGCUGGACCUGCUGCUGCAGGAGGACUCCCGCUCGGGCAGCGGCUCGGCCUCGGGCUCCUCUGGGUCGCGCUCCGGCUCCGGCUCCCGGGGCCACAGCUCCUCAGGGACCAGCGGCACCCGGAGCAGCCACACCAGCAAGUACUUCGGCAGCAUCGACUCGUCGGAGAACGACCACGCCCGCAAGCGGCCAGCCGGGGGCAGCAGCAGCGGCGAGGAGCAGUUCAUCAAGUGCGUGCUGCAGGACCCCAUCUGGCUGCUCAUGGCCACCACCGACGACAAGGUCAUGAUGACCUACCAGCUGCCCUCCAGGGACAUGGAGGCUGUGCUGCGGUCGGACCGCGAGGCGCUCAGGGCCCUGCAGAAGAGCCAGCCGCGCUUCAGCGAGGAGCAGAAGAGGGAGCUGAGCCAGGUGCACCCCUGGAUACGCACCGGACGGCUGCCCCGAGCCAUCAACACCUCCGUGUGCGUGGGGUGCAGGUCCCCCCCCCCGGCCCCCUACGACUCAGAGCUCCAACAGGAGGGCCCCGCCCAGGAGGGGGACGACGAAGAGCGCCAGACGCAAAAACGCUGCAGAGGCGGCGACCAGGACAUGACGACGGAGACGCAGGAAGUGACCUCAGGGGCCGUCGAGGCGGACAUGACGCACUGAAGGGGCCCCCCGGUGGACACAGGUCUUAUGUUCCUCUGAGCGCCACGGGACGCUGCUGAGAGUGUGGUGCUGCAGGGGAGGCCAUGCCCCCCUGUUCCUCAGCAUGGAGGCCACGCCCCCCUUUUCCUCUCAGCGUGGAGGCCAAGCCCCCCUGUUCCUCUCAGUGUGGAGGCCACGCCCCCCUGUUCCUCAGUGUGGAGGCCACGCCCCCCUGUUCCUCUCAGCGUGGAGGCCACGCCCCCGGCUGUUCCUCAGCGUGGAGGCCACGCCCCCGGCUGUGAGUUGCAGCAGAGGCCCCGCCCCACUCUGCUGGUCUGAGACGGGGGGCCCCCAGGGACCAGCCUCGGGGGGCCCGCGGCCCAGAGCCACGCCCCCUUGAUGAUGUGAAAGACGUUGAAUGUGUUUCCCCGGGACAGGUCGGUGUUCAGCACCGGGACGUGGAGGCGUCCCGGGCCUCUUGUGGAGUAAGAAGGAAGGCCAAGUGUUUCCUCUGUGAGGCUUGUGGAGAGAGAAGGGGAGUGAGAGGAGCCACUGUAAGGCCGGACGGUAGUCCUCUGGUCAGAGUGCACUUUGGGAACAAUGUGGGAUUCUAUUUUGUACGUAUUGUCUAUUUUUCUACUGUGUGUGAGGCAGCGUGAGGUCUGUCCUCUGGACAGGACACCACUGCUCACUCGUCAAGCGUUGCCGUGGAAACGAGACAAUGGGACAACCUCAGAGGGGCAGAACCAAUGCACCACCACGCCUUCGGCCAGGACCAAAAACAACCAGCAGGGGGACUUUUACUUUGAAAGGAGUGGAGACGGCUCUGGCUGGCAGUGGGACUGCUGCAGGACUAGAAGGAGGGGUGGGUUUGAGUGUACAGGGGAAACCAGAACACACUCCUGGUUGGACCAGUGUUUACUAUUGUUUAGUGAACUCUCUGGCUCUCUCGCUCUCUCUCUGAGGCGCUGAUGGAUCAUAUAAUCUCCUUCAUGCUUUGCGAUGGUGUCGCUGGUUCAGUGGUGUCUGCGCCAGUUUUUGAAUACUUUAUGUUAAAUUAUUUGUUACACAAAUGUCAAUAAAGAUGACUUCAAUUGUUGUACUUUUUGUUUGGAUUCAGUCUCAUGGCUCCUCCAGUAGUGAAUCUAUUCUCUGUUCCGGUGGUUUUUCUGCGGCGUUGAGUUGGCGGCCGUCUUAAACCGCGGUCUGUUCUGAGUCUCCUGGCCGCUCAGACCGGCCGCGGCCACCACAGCCUGAAAAAGACCAACAGGAAUGCCCUCAUCUAGACCCACAACCACACACCCAGCCUCAUGCAACCCUGAAGCUGGAGUAAGUUCACGUCAUGGCUGGGAUUGAAGUGGUCAUGCUGCAUCCAAGCUGCUGGUAAACUACAGAGCACAGGUCCUGAUUAAAAAGGUAAUUGGGAUUCUCCGUAAACAAAAUGGCCACUUUUCCCCACUCACUCAGUCCAAACGGAGCCUGUAUCGCACGUAUAAUCUCUCCCUCAACAUUACAUCUAUGGAACACAGUACAGGGGGAGACGUCUGGCUCAUUCAGCUCUCACCAUCAAACUCGUUUCCAUCCAAAGACCCCUUCUGAGAGGUGAGAAUGUGGUUUUAGAAAGUGCUCAUUAUGCCACACUAGCAGUCUGUUCGCCCGCUGAAAGCCCAGAA